GGACUCGGUGUCCGCCCGGCGCUCUAGGCCGCUCGCUGCACCCCGCCCCGCAGCCGGGACUGCGGCCUCGGUGAGCCUGUCCUCCGGCCUGUGGGCGCCGGAGCCCGCCCGGGACUGCGCAGCGCCCCCCGCGUGCCGAAGUCAUGGGGAAGUCUCUCUCUCAUCUGCCUUUGCAUUCAAAUAAAGAGGAUGCUUACGAUGGCCUCGCAUCAGCUGAGAACAUGAGGAACGGCCUGGUUAGCAACGAAGUCCACAGCGACGACGGGAGGAACGGGGAUGUGUCCCAGUUUCCCUACGUGGAGUUCACGGGGAGAGACAGUGUCACGUGUCCCACGUGCCAAGGAACGGGGAGAAUCCCCAGGGGACAAGAAAACCAACUGGUGGCAUUGAUUCCAUAUAGUGAUCAGAGAUUGAGGCCAAGAAGAACAAAACUCUAUGUGAUGGCUUCUGUGUUUGUCUGUCUGCUCCUUUCCGGACUGGCUGUGUUUUUCCUAUUCCCUCGCUCUAUCGACGUGAAAUAUAUUGGCGUAAAAUCAGCAUAUGUCAGCUAUGAUGUUCAAAAGCGCACAAUAUAUUUAAAUAUCACAAACACACUAAACAUAACAAACAAUAACUAUUAUUCUGUUGAAGUGGAAAACAUCACUGCUCAAGUUCAGUUUUCAAAAACAGUUAUUGGAAAGGCACGCGUAAAUAACAUAACCAAUAUCGGUCCACUCGAUAUGAAACAAAUUGAUUACACAGUGCCUACGGUUAUAGCAGAGGAAAUGAGUUAUAUGUAUGAUUUCUGCACACUGUUAUCCAUCAAAGUGCAUAAUAUAGUCCUCAUGAUGCAAGUUACCGUGACAACAGCAUACUUCGGCCACUCAGAACAGAUAUCCCAGGAGAGGUACCAGUAUGUUGACUGUGGAAGGAACACAACAUACCAGCUGGGGCAGUCUGAGUAUCUAAAUGUACUUCAGCCACAACAGUAAAAACGGAAAGAGAUGCAUCCACAGGAAAAAAUCUUGCUACUAUUUUCUGAACCCUCAUAGAGGAGGUACUUCCUAUUAGGAGAUAUUAAACAUUGAACAAGCCUGAAGUUUAUACUUAUGUUAGGAAUGCAGUUGAAAGGAUGUACGCUUGCAUUACUGCGCCUCCUCAGUGUGUUAAUGGUGUAUUCGUACUGGGACCUUUUACUUGGGGACAAAUUUACUGGUUGGUAUUCUCCGAAUCCCCAAAGGGGGAAAAACUAAUAAAUCCCUUGUUAUACAGUAAGUAAUUAUUUAAAAAUCAGAGUUAAUACAUAGCUCUACUGAAAGCAAUUUUGGUGGUGAACCUUAUUUGGGAAAUUUAAUUUUCUGAGUUUUUAUACAAGAACCCUGAGAACCUGCUAUUCAUGGAAUACAUUGAAAGAACAGCCCUUUUUUGUUUGUUUUAUAAAUGAAUUCCAUUGUUAUGUGGUAUUGUUUCAACUACAUGGUAUUUUAGCUUUUAGCUAAAUAUUUUUAGCUUUUAAUUUGUUGAACUUAUUUGCAUGUUUCUGUCAGUCUUUAUGAUAGUGAUUAUAUAACAGUGACCUUUGCAAAAUUCUGUACCUAAAAUUUUACAACAACCUCGAAAUGCGUUUUUCAUAUCUUCACACAUAUUAUAGUUUUGUGAGGUCAUCAUGUGAUUUUCAAACACAGUCAUUCAAUGUACAAUACUGUAAAUAAACUGCAUGGCUUUUGUACAGCAUUAAUAGAUGUCAAAUAAAGUCGCAGAGAUUCAAAGUUAAGGCAUGUUGCUCCUAAGAGUGAAUGAAACAGGAAAAUGAAAUUCAGCAGCCGAUCGAGUGUGAACAGCUUCUGGUUACAUCUUGAAUCUGGUGUGGUUUGGUGCUUCGUGUCGUUAUGUUGCCUCUUUCCCUAAAGCCUGCUGGGGACACUGGCACAGCCCGUAGGCAGCCGCUCAUCAGCCACAGGCUCUCCUGCCGGCACAUGUGAGGUCCCUCACAGGAACGAUCCAGGAAACCCUGUCAUUAACUAAUGUUGGCUGCAUGGAAUCGUGUUGUUUUUAAAAAAUUGAAUCCAUCUGUGUAUCACUUGGAUCCAUGAUACCUCUGGCAGUUAUGGGUUUUUUUUUUUAAGGUUUUCUACUUUUUAAACUUACUGAAAAUUGUUUUCACGUAGAAACUUGACCGACUCUGCUGUUUUACAUUUCAUUCCUGCUUUCCAUCUCAUCUGUUUUGCAUUUUCACUUACCAAGCUUCAAGAAUGCAUCCCAAUAAGUGUGGGAGGUGAAUAUGUUUACUGGGGUGCAGCCGGGUAGAUGGGGGGUCAUUUCUUGCUGUGGCCAAAUGACAGAAAUCAGGUUUCCCUUUCCCUGACCCCCAAGUGCCUGACUGAAGUCUAGAACAAAACCGAUUUGUCAGUCUGACCUCAGGAACCAAGCAAGCUGCGCUCAGUUGUUUAACUCUGCCUUUGGACACACUGAGGUCUCCAAGCUGAAUUAUCAAUGGCUCCACUCCACAUUCCUGAGUGAACAAUGGAAAUGCAUGGUAUGUGCUUUUUUUUGAGGGGGGGGUGUUAUGCUUAUUUCCUUGCUCCAUUGAUAACUCAGCCAUCCUUACUGUUAAGUAGAAAUCACCCCCUUUGAACUCAUGAUGGGCUUUAUAUCCUUACGUUCAUUUUUCUUUUUUGUGUUUCCUGACUAUGCACACUUUUCCUGGUCACGCACACACACCUCUCAUAUGUUGACUGUGUUUGCAUUUUCCCAAUCCACCUGUUCGUAUUUUCCCUCAAUCUGGCAUGAUCUCUGUGUGUGAUUUCCUGUCCCCUUUGACCUCACAUCUGCAGGAGGAUACCAAAGCCUGCUACUCCGCAGCUGACCUGACAGUCACCUAUGUGUGGUUUCACAUGUAGUGCCUCUUGGUGUGUAGAAUCAAAACAUUAACGAGCUGUUAGCGUAUCCCUCCGGUGUGUUCCCUCUCUAUCUCCUGUUCACUGCAUAAUCACCAUUCAUGUCUCCAAAACUGAACAGACCUUUCUCACGGUCUGCGGCCCCUCCAUCUUAGGGGUUGCAUUCCCCGAAUCUCCUGAACAGGCAGGAAAGUGGGGAAACAUUGGCUUUUAGUGACGCACUUUUGAAUCUGUUCAUGAGCCUUUAAAUUAAAUCCCAUACCCCGACCUUUUUUUAAACAUCUAGUUUCAGCAGAGUUAAAUGAGAAGAAACUAGAAUUUCAAAAGAAGUAAAAGAUCAGUGAAAGAGAAAUUAAGAUUGCCUAUGUUUGCUUUCAGAGAGUUAAGGAACUGCCACGAUAACCCUGGAACAAAACAGGCUUCAGAUUAAGAAAACUAGAAAAACAGAUCCAGGUGAACCCAAAGCAGAGCCAUAGGAAAUCAGAACAUUCCAUUAGGUCAGCCUCGCGGCUCCGGUGUAGGCUCAGGACAGGUGUACGUUCAGAAUGACCAGGGCACGUGGCAAACACCUUCAGACAGCAGGUAGAAUUUUUUUUUUCCCUGAAACUUUCAGGAAUAACUUCCUGCUAAACUAAACCCUGGUGGCGUGGUCAUUUAAACCAAGUCUGUCCUUUUACACUGGGUGGUGUUGGCCAUUACUUAGAUAUGCCUUCCAGAGUUCCUUCCUGUGCUUUUCUCACGUGGUUGCCCUGAGUCCUGCGGGAAGAGCGGGGUGGUGGGGUCAUCUUGUAGUAGAGGAAGGGGAAGUGGAGAGGUUUUUGCUUAGAGGCCACAUCCUUGGUUAAAAAAAAAAAAAGUGUCAACUGGGGCCCGGCCUCCUUUUUCCACUCCUACAUCUGUUCUAGAUUAGUCACAGGAAGGGCCGGCUGACUCAGCCGACCCAGCAGGGCUGUCUAGGGAAGCAGAGGUCACGUUCAUGUGUUCAUGGUCACAGUACCGUGGUAUUGUAUAUGGUCAACGCACCGAGGAACUAGUAUUUUAGCAGCUUUAAGUUGCUAGCUGAAACAGUUGAAAUGGAGAAUGAACAUUUGUUCAAAACUUUGGAGCAUAAUGUAUAGCUUCCUAGUAUUUUUCUGUUACAGUUUAACAUUUCAUGAUCAUUCCCAAAACCAUAAAACGGAUCCAUUGUGAGAGUAAAUGAUUUAUAAAUAAUAGAUAUUAAUGUAUUUGAGAUUUGAAAAAGACUAUUAUGAGACAUCACAUAAAUUGGUUGAAAUUCCUAAAUGAUCCUCUGUACUGUGGCAUGCAGCAGAAGAUAAAUGUAGUUUCUUUUACUUUCUUUGUAGUUUUUAUGUUCCUGUUUUGUUACCAUUUUCUGUAAAACCAAUUCUUAACAAGAAAAUACAACUCACUUCAGACCCUCUGGUGUGUAGUUUGGAAGUGACACAGUACAGCAGUAUUAAAAUAGGAAGACAGCGACUGUGACAGCCAAGUGAAGGCGAGCCCCGUGUGGGUCCCAGGCUGCUACUAUGGAAUCAUUCUGAAUAGUCCGUCGGAGGGCAAGGCCCUAACCCUUCCGUCAUUCCAUUUGUUUUCUAAAGUUCUUAAAUUGAACAGUUCUUUCUACGAUGAUUAUUUCUUAUUUAAGAAAACAGUUUCAAUUAGUACUUUUUUAAAAAAUAGAGAAUUUUAAAUUUGCACAUGCAUAUCUUUCUAAGCAAUAUGAUUUGGAUUUUAAGUUGAUUAGGUUAUAAGUAAACCUAGGUUAUAGGUUAUACUUAACAUAAUGUCAUCAGGUCAUAACUUUUAGCUCACAGUGCCUGGAGGCAGUAACGGCUUGAUUCAGCUGCAACUAAGUAGUUUUAUUUCUCUGUUUUGUACAGUUAGCUUUUAAAUAACAUGUAUAUCUCUAAGCAUUUUAUUUUAAGGUAAAACCGCUAUAUGUUUGAGAUGGUAGGGGUAAAAAAACUAUUAAACAUUAUUUCUUUAAAAAAUUAUUUUUGCAUUAAAAUGAUAUUGUUAUUUGUGAUGCACUGGGAUCAGAAUCUUAACUUGUUUACUCAUUCUAAGCAAAAAUUUUUACAGUCGAUUUUUGAGAUUUAUCCUUCAUCUGGAUAAAAUCAAGUUCUAUA